GUAAUAGCAUUUUCCCCUCCUCACGCAAAAAAAAGUGUUGCAAUAAUGGAGAUAUAGAAACAAUUCCAUUUCUCGAAAUUGAAGAUCUUAAAUUUAUCGCACUUAUCGUAGAAAAGGGCAAUGCAAGUGAAAGGAAACGAGGAACUGAGAAUCAAAGCGGUCGACAAAUAUUUAAAGACCCGCGAUAAGUUGAGAUCUUUAACUCAAAACUCAAAUUUUCUUAUGUUUGAUUUCUCACCAAUAAAAAUAUAUGACCUCAUAUGCAAGGUCGUCUCAACAAACACCAUCGUAUGUACUAAGGAAAAAGAAUAUGUGGUUCCAUGCGACGAUGAAAAAAUAUUCACGCUAGUACAAUUGACAUGCCAAGUACUGAGGAUUAAUGUUAAAUCUAAAUGGUGUAUGGAAGAGAUUAAAAUUAUUUGCAUCUAUUAAUUGCAUCAUUCCACUGAUUCAUUAUCAUUUCUCUAAAGGAAAUAUAAUAAACAAUUAAUUUCUCUUUUUUGGGCAACAUACAAUUAGUUUCACUAUUGCACGAUUUUGUCAAUAGAUUCCUGUCAAUGCUAGUGUGCAACUAAACAGGACAGAUCCCUGACUUUAAGCUUAAAUACAUAGGUUUUUGUAUAUGCUAAACUGCAAUCAAAUAGGGCAGGUCUCUAAUUUUAUAGGUUCUUGCACAUACUAGCUUUAUUUAAUCUCAGCACUUGACCGCAUGGUGCAGCACUAAUCCGGAAACAAGCAGAAUCAUAAGCGUGAGCACUCUCGUUUCUUCUCUGUUAGUGCCAUAACAUUGAUACACCAUCUUUAAUUUUAAAAAACGCGCUUUCUGUAUUAUAAUAAAACCGUAAAAAGAUCUGGUUUUCAUUUCACUUUACUAUUUUAUUUACUUUGAUUUUUGGAUGUUAAAUCUUUCGAAAUAUAUGAUAUUGUUUAGUAGGUAAUAUAUAAUAUUGUUUAGUAGGAUAUAUUUUUAUUAUGGAAAUGUGAAAUUUCUGUGCUUUUUAAACGAAAAUAAGAGAAACUGAUUUUACGUAGAAAUAAAUAAAUUAUAAAAAGGUGUUCAAAAUGAAUCAACGAGUCAAUAAAUGUAUUCGAACCUAUGAAAGAAAAAAAUGUAAAGAUGCUGUAGUUCCAGUACCAAAAAUAGUUAUUUCGUCUUUAGAUAAUAUGAAGAGCAGAAAUCGUGUUUUAUUAAAUGAUAAUUCAAAUAUAAUUGAAGAGAAAGAUGUUGAUAAUGAUUCUCUAUAUAAUGAUCCUUUUGAGACAACAUUUGAUAGACUAAUUAAAAAUGCAAGAAUUCUACCACCUAUACCAAAGGCACAUAAUGAUACAAUACUACUAACUAGUUCAGAUAGUAAUAAAUCUGAAAUAAACGAUCACCAAUCUUCAUUGCAUAAAACAUUAAGUUUUAACACAAAACCAGUUUGUAAAUCAACAUACAGAAAGAUAAAAGUGCAUAUUACAAAGAAAACAAUGUCUAAGAAAAAUGUAUCUGUGCUCAAAAAUAAUGGAGAAUCUAAAGUACAAGAAGAUGUAUCUCAUAAAAAAUAUAAAUUGCGUAAAACGAGAAAUAACAGUAAAAUGCCAUUUAAAUAUUCAUAUAUCAAACAAUCUAAAAAAAAUUAUAAUAAAAAAUAUUUUGUAAAAAACAGCGAAAAAGCUUGUAAUAUACAAAGUGAUAAAUCUUGUAACAAUGUGGAGAUAAAACCAUGUUUUAUUAAUUUAGACAGAUCUGCUGUAUCAAAAUGGGAUAGUAAGUUACAUACAAUAGAAAAUAAUUUAUUAAAAGAAAAUGAUCAAUUAUUAGAUCAACAUUCAAUUAGUGGAAUCAGUAUUGAUAAUUUAAAAUAUGAUGAAGAAAAAAUAAAACAUUGUACUAUUAAACUAGAACAAUUAGGAACAAAUCCAUACAUAGCACCACUUGAUUUUAGAAAAAAAUACGAAAAUGUAUUCAGUAGUACACCUAAUGGUAGACCUGUUAGAUCAAAUGCACAUUUAAUAUCUUUAUCACCAAUUCCAGUUAAAUAUUUUGAAAAAUUGAAGGAUUCCACAAUGUUGUCAAGCAACAUCUCAUUUAAUGAAAAUAAUGAAAUUUUAUUAAAAUCUAAACUAAUAAGUGAUGAUUUGUGUAAAGAAACAAAUAUAAUAAAAAAAUAUAAAGAUGAACAUAAGUCAUCUAGUUAUUUAGCAAACACAUCUAAUUUUAGUAAGCAUAAUUUCGAUCAAUUUGAAAAUAUAGAUAAAAAAGAUGUAGAUUCAUUGAUUAAACUUAGUUAUAGCGAGAAUUGUGAUCAGAAAGAAUUUUUAACAAAAAGAGAUUCAGUUCAAAAUAUUCCAGGAAAUAGAAUUGAAAAAAAUAAUAUAUCAAAUAAAUCAGUAUUAACAGAAGAAUAUAAAACUUCAAAUGUAAAAAUAGACAAACAUAUCUUAAGAUUCUCUAAUGAUGCAAAUAUGUCACGUUCUUUAUUUGAUGAUACCAAUGGAAGUAUUCAAACUCCAUUAGGCAAUGAUAUCGGAGUGAAUGAUAUAGUAAAACUAUCUAUUAAUAAUUUAGUGAUAAAUGAAAAAAGUACUGUAUUAAAUAACGAGGGACACUCUGAUUUUAUUAAAUUAAAUAAAACAUCUACUGCAAAUAUAAGUACUGAUAAAAAAGUAACAUUCAAUAAGUCACAGGAAGAAUUACUUACAACUUCAGUCCCGAUUAAAUUGACGAAAUCAGAUUCAUCAUCUGAUGAUAAAAACAAUGAUAUAGCAAAUGUAGAUGGAAAAAUUCUGUCAAGCAGAGACAGUGUAUUAAAUAUAAACCAUUCUUCUGUAGACAGUAGUAGAAAAUGUGGUGAAUCUCAUGUAGUUUUGAAGCAAUUGCAAGAUUCCAUUAGAGUUACAAAAAGAAAAAAAUAUACUAAAUGGGAUCUUGAUUUAGUUAGUAUUGCAGAAGAUUGUGAUAAUAGUACAGAACUGAAGAAAAAACAGAUACAUUUAGAAAAGACAAACACUGAAAGAGAAAUGAUAUUAUCACGAAAGGAAUUAUCAGUUUUAGAAAAUAUAACAGAGAAAUGUACUAAUAAUGCUCAUAGAAUAGUUGGAGAACCUGUUUAUUUAAAACCAGGCAAAUCUUGGGCAAGAUCUUUGUCAAUUUUGCACAAUUUACAAACUGAAUUUAAUCUGGAUAAAUUAUCUGUUGGCAAAGGUAAAAAAUGGAGAUAUAGUGUUCAGGAUAUUUUAAAUAUGCAAACACAAGGAAUUAUACAAAGCUGCAUAAAAAAGAAUGAUAGUAAUACAAAAUUACGAACAACUAAUGAGAUAAUUAAUAAAUCAGAAUAUGAAUUGAUUAAUAACAAAGGUAAAACUUGUGAUUCCACCAAUCUCACACGUGUUUCAAAAAGGAUAUCAGUUCGUGUAGUUCCAAUUCAUAAAACAGUGAAAUCUAUUGAAGAUGCAUCAUUUCUUGAAGUCUAUGGUAUUGUUCCUGUUAAGAGUCAGAGAUUUACAUUAUUAAAUAACCCUCAAAAAUCUUCUAUAUGUAACAUUCAAAAUAAUGACAGUGAUAUCCAAGUUACUGAAGAACAUGUAGUUUCAACAGCUAGAGAAGUUAUUUUACAGAGAUGUUUACAAAAAGAUUAUAUACCAUUUACAACAUACUUUUCUGAUUCAUACCUGGAACACUGUCGAAAAAUUGGAGAAGGUGUAUAUGGUGAAGUUUUUCUUUAUGAACAAGAAAAUAAAAAAUCUGUUAUAAAGAUUAUUCCUAUAGAAGGUAGUGAUUAUGUAAAUGGAGAACCACAAAAAAAAUUUCAUGAGAUAUUAUCAGAAAUUGUAAUUGCAAUGGAAUUGCACAAUUUAAGAUUCAACACCAAAUACAAUACUGAUGGAUUUGUAGAAGUAAAAGAUAUUAAAUGUAUAAAAGGAAAAUAUCCAGAAAGGCUUAUAGAAUUGUGGAAUCUCUAUGAUGAAGAGAAACAUUCUGAUAAUGACUGUCCAUCAAUGUUUAAUGAUGAUCAAUUAUACAUUGUUCUCGAACUUGGACAUGGAGGUCAAGAUUUAGAAGCGUUUGUAUUUAAUACUGCAGAAGAAGCUCAUAUUUUGUUUAUACAGGCUGCAUUAGCAUUAGCAGUUGCAGAAAAGGCUAUUGAAUUUGAACACAGGGACUUACAUUGGGGAAAUAUAUUAAUAUCAUCGGCAAAUGAAGAUUAUGUACAUUAUAAGAUUGGGCAAAAAAACAUUGAACUAAUUAGUAAAGGUGUGAAGGUGUCUAUUAUAGAUUUCACCCUUUCAAGAGUCAAGUAUCAAGGAUGUAGUGUAUUUAAUGACCUCGCAUUAGAUCCUACAUUGUUUACAGCUCAGGGCGAAUAUCAAUUUGAAAUAUAUCGUUUGAUGAGGGAUAAAGUUAAGAACAAUUGGCAAGCAUUUGAACCCUAUACAAAUAUUUUAUGGCUGCAUUAUACUUUAGAUAAAAUGAUCACAGCAGUUAGAUAUAAAAAGAAAAACUUAAAAAUUCAUAAAAAUGGUAUAACAAAACUUAAAGAACUAGAAAACGAAAUUUUGACAUAUAACAGUGCCUUUGACUUUGUAACAAAUUGUGAUAAAAUUGUUAAUUUAUUACGUAUUAAUUCGAAAUCCGAAGUAACUUCUGUAUAACAAAGAAAAAUAUAGAAGUUGCAAAAUGUAAAAUAUGAGUAGCAAUAUAAAUUUUUUAAUAUCUGUAUGUUAAUAAAUAUUAGGAAAAUAUGUAAGUUUAAUAAUAUUAUAUUAAAUGUAUAUUUUUAUUGUUCUUAUAUGUUUGUAACAUGUUCUUCAAAGAAUAAAUCUUUAUUGCAAUAUUUAAA